AUGGCAGACGGGCAAAGAGAAGCUGAGGGCCUCAGCAGCAGAGAAGGGAACGGGGACAAUGGAGGGGAAGAGCAGGCUACGGGAAGCCCACUUCGACCUGAGGGCGCCGGCCAAAUCUCGAAUCCUCCAGUUGUCGCCGUAGGACCGUCGCCCAUAGCUUCUCUACACAGAGCUGGGACACUGCCAGUCAGAAGAGCCCAUAACGAAGCUGAGGUUGUCACUACGGAUAGAAACAGACGCCGAGGGCGAACAAUCAGCACACGGCCGAAGAACUCGGAGCAUCGCCAACUAUCUCCACGCUCGCAAAUCUUGGGGAGAUCUCUGCCUAAUAGGAACAAUGAUAAUGGAGGAGACGGAGGUCUGGAGCCCAUCCGUGAGAGAGGAGGACAAGCAGAAGCGAGUUAUGCGAGGCCCCGACGAAGCUCGGUGUCUGAUCGUUCGUUCGUCUCGCCUGGCAUACGCCAUCGCUCGACUACUUGGAACAUGGCCGCCGGUCGCCAACGGGGGACAACUCUGAACAGGAGGCCGACCAUCCUCCUCGAUCCGCAAGCACAGGCGAGUGGAAGGGACUUUGACGCCCAGUCGAACAAUUUUACCUUGGCCGGACCGGCGCCUGUGGAAGCUGUCGCGGCAAACCAGCCGUACGUCGAUCCAGGCUAUGCUGACUUGAACCCUGCCUAUGAUCAACCCAUCAACACGAGGCCCGUAUGGGGUCUGGCAAAACCAUUGCCGCGUGUAGUCAGACCUGGCAUGGUCCCAUCGAGGAGCGAGUUGAACCUUCAGAUUCCAAGUGCCCAGCAGCAGGCGCAGGAUGCAGCAAACACGGAUCUCGAGCAAGGAAGGGUAGAGGCGACGCUGAACAUCAACAAAAUCUCACCCCAGCUACAACUGGCGAGGCAACAGAGAGAGAACCGCUUGGUCGGCACACUCCAGAGGGUCAACACUAAUAAUCUCACUCCAACUUCGCCCCUGGCCCACCACAACUCUCACAACCAAGGACUCAGCCCGCGACCUUCUAGCUUGAACUCGCAAGUGAUUGAAGAAGAAGACGAGCAAGAAACAGGGUUCAAACGACCCCGACUCUCUGAUCUGAAACCAGUUCCCGAACAGGCACCAACAACAUCUCACGACUAUCCUGAUGAUGCUGCCUCUGCUAUCACGGAAAAGCCGGAAGAUGGGGAUCUUGACGGCGACUGGAUCGGUGAGGAGAUGCCUCUAGCUGCUUUUGACCCCGAGACCGAUGAGAUUCAUAACCUCCAUACCCACUGGUCGGUCAUCAGGCUGCGCUUCCGGGAACCACUUGCUGAGUUGCUAGCCGUCACUGUCCAACUCACCCUUGGGUUCUGCUCAGAUCUGGUCGUUGUGACUUCGAAGAAUACGGCCGGCAAUGCCGCGACGACUGACUGGGCUUGGGGGCUGGCCAGCAUGAUCGGGAUCUACAUCGCAGGUGGUAUUUCUGGUGCUCAUCUCAACCCAGCUAUCUCAAUCAUGCUAUGGAUAUACCGUGGAUUUCCUCUCGGCAAAAUCCCCGCAUAUAUGUUUGCGCAAAUACUUGGUGCAUUCUUAGCCGCGCUCAUUGCUUUCGGCCUCUACAAGAAUGGGAUAGUCGAUUACGGUGGCUCGGAUCUCGGAGUGGGCGGGACGGCGUCUGCAUUCGUCACCUUUCCCCGAUUCGAAUACCUCGACGUCUCCGAAUCCUUCUUCACGGAGUUCACCGGGACAACGAUUCUCGCCAUCGCUGUGCUGGCCCUCGGAGACGACGCCAACGCGCCCCCCGGAGCGGGCAUGAACGCCUUCAUCCUCGGCCUGAUCAUCACGGUGAUCAGCAUGGCUUUCGGCUACAACACUGGCGCGGCUCUCAACCCUGCGCGCGACUUCGGCCCUCGUCUCGCCCUGCUGGCCGUGGGCUACGGUGGCAAGAACGUCUUCCCCAACAGCGGCUACUUCAUCUGGGGCCCGUGGUGCGGACCGAUCGCUGGCGCCAUCUUCGGCGCCUUCCUCUACGACGCGGCUAUCUUCGUGGGCGGCGAGAGUCCGGUCAACUACCCGCGGAAGAGGAUGAUCCGGGCAAGCAAGAAAUGGCGGAAGCGGAUGGGGCAGCGAUACAGGAAGGGCAAGAGCAAACUGCGGCUCGGUGGACGGGGAGGGGACACGGGGAACGGGAAUGAUUUCGUGCGCUGA